AUGUCGAGUGAUCCAAAAGAGACUGCUGCUCCUACAGCUGAUGAGCUCAAAGCUAAGGCUGAGGCUGAGAAGGCCCGUCAGGCCGCUGAUGAACUCACCAAGUACAAGGCAGCGGCCGAGAUCGUUAACAACGCGAUCAAGAAAUUAGUGGAGCUCUCAGUUGAAGGAGCCAAGAUUCUCGAACUUUGUGAAGAGGGUGACAAGCUCAUCGAGACUGGCACAUCCGCCGUUUACAACUCCAAGACUGCCAAGGGCAAGGUUACUAAGGGCCUCGCGUUUCCUACUUCAAUUUCGGUGAAUAACUGUGUGUCCCAUUACUCGCCAGUGCCAACCGACCCACUCGCCAAUACUACACUCGCCAAGGGUGAUGUGGUCAAGAUUCAUGUUGGUGCCCAUAUCGAUGGCUUUGCCAGUGUCAGCGCCGAAACAUUGAUUGUUGGUGCAACGGAAGCCGAGCCUGCCACUGGUCGUGCAGCCGAUGUAGUCAAGGCCGCAUGGCAUUGCGCUGAAGUUGCGAUGCGGCUCGUUAAACCUGGAGAGAAGAAUUGGACCGUUACUGAUGCUAUGAACAAGGUAGCAGCGGCUUGGGGGUGUAAGCCCGUUGAAGGUAUGCUGUCUUGUCAACAAACCCAGAACGUAAUCGACGGCAAGAAGCGAAUUAUCCUUAACCCAACUCCUGAGCUAAAGAGUGGUCUGGACACUGCUACAUUUGCAGAAGGAGACGUUUGGGGCAUUGAUAUACUCGUUGCUUCCACUGACGACGGAAAGGUUAAACCUCAAGACUCUCGCACAACAAUCUACCAGCGGGCUACUGACGUGACAUAUCAACUAAAGCUGAAGGCCGCGCGUGAAGCAUUUUCGGACAUUCAAAAGAAGGCAGGACCAUUCCCCUUUACCAUUCGUAUUCUUGAAAACGAGAAGCGUGCGCGUGUGGGGGUACAAGAAGCUGUUCAGCACGGACUUUUAAGGCCGUAUGAUGUUGUGUACACACCUGCAGGAAGCUACGUUGCUGCAUUCCACUUUACUAUUGCAUUGCUUCCUGGUGGUCCAUCUCUUAUCAGUGCGCCACCUAUUUGGUACAAGGCCGAGAAGCUUAAAACUGAGAAGGAGCUCGAGGAUGAGGAGCUGAAAGCACUUGUUGGCAAGAAGCUCCGUGAGCCCAAGAAAAAGAAGAAAAAGGCGGCAGGCGAGAGCGAGGCGAAGGAGGAUGCUGACGCGUUCACAUUAAAGAAUGUCCGCCAAGCACGCGUAGACAAGGAGGAUCUGGCAGGGCUUGCAGGCGACCUCGAGGAUGGAGAAGAUUACACCAUUCCGAAGUACCCCAGAAGUAUGCUUAGAUUCGAGCUGAGCGAUGGUACCAAAACUAUGCGUGCCAUUGAAUACCGCCGUAUCCCGGAUUUCGAGCUUGGUGUCACACCACUGGGCACCAAGAUCUAUGUUAAAGAGGCGAAUGUUCGCCGCGGAAUCAUUUACCUCGAGAGUUUUAGUAUCAAGCUGACCCGACCAUCCAGGCUCCCCGAAGAGGAUCCAGAAACAGAACAGAAUAUUCGUAUGGAAUCCCGGCAACCAGAGCGAAGGAUAGAACCACCACCUGCCGCGCCGGUCAUUGCGCCACGUAUUUCAGCACCACAUACUACUACGCGAGCAGUUGACAACCUACCUCCAGCCACGACGAAUUCAAAUAGCGCACCCAUUGUGGACCUUGACCCUGACGAUCUAGAAAUCGAUUUAGGCUAUGAAGAUUCAUACUCUAUAGGGGAUGGUGUCAGAGACGGUCAUGAUGGAGAUGCAGACGAAGUAGAUUACGAGAUCAAUGAGGCGUUUUUACAAGAUUUAGAUGAGGCUGAACAACGCGUCCAAGUCGUGAUAGAUGUAGACGAAGACUCUCAAGUCGAAGCUCAAUCUACGGUUGGGCCAACAAAAACCACACGGCCGGUGGAUAUUGAAGAAGUCAUCGACAUAUCAGAUUGA